AGAAGCUAACCUAGCAUGAUGUUGCUGUUAGCUCUGUUGCUCACAUGCUAGUGUCGCUAAUGUUUGUGUCCUUAAUGUUACAUAGUGUAAUGUGAAUCUAUAAGUAUCUCGCUGGGGUCAACAGCUUUAAUACGGCAUUUGAGGAUCACCACUUGACGGUUUGCGGUGAGUUUCGGAGGCUCACGGCAGCUCGCGUCAAACGCCAGCUAAAAGCCAUGUGGCUAACACUCACCCCGAUGUGUGUGACAUUCACAAGGCUAAACUAAUAAGCCGGAAAGGAAUUGAAUUCAGCAGCCUUUCUCAGCGGUGGACGUUCGCCAAAGUCUCCUUAAAGAAGGCGUCUCAUCCUCUGGAAGUUGAACGAGUUGUCUUCGUAAAGGUGGCUGGCUCGGGCAUCUGCUCUGGAUGCCUCCCGGACGUCCCCCUGAUGCGGUGUUCCGGGCAUGCUCAACCAGGAGAAGUCCCCGGAGCAGACCUAAUACACACUGGAGGGAUUUAUGUUUCACACCUGGCCUGGGAACACCUUGGUGUCCUCCCGGUGGCACUGGAAGAGGUGGCCGGGGACCGGAAAGUCUGGACUUCCCUACUGAGACUGCUGCCCCCAUGACCCUGACCCGGAUAAGCGGAAGAAAAUGGAUAGAUGGAUGGAUGCUUGUGACAUCCUAUUUGGAUUGUAAAUGGACCUAGACAGGACAUUUCUGAACAAGCGAGAUAAUUGUGUUCAAUAUUGUUGUAAAAAUGAUGAAAAAGUAACACACGUUUCAAAGAAUUCAUCUUUAAUUGCACAAAUAUACAAUACAAUUGACAUACCCACUCCUCCGGUUGACUUGCAACAUUCACAGAUGACGUCUGUGGAUCAAAUAUUUACAAUUUGACAGUGUCACAAAGCAGCAGAACUGUAGCAGAUGGGCAAGGAGGAGGAGGAAGGCGUCAGAGGCGGGCGUCAUCACCACAAUGAUGGGUCAUAUCUGGAAAGAGAAGAGAAAACAGAAAGGUCAUCUUCAAGAAAUGGAAACUCACUGCACAAGCAGCUUUUGUACUGACUCUCAUGUUAUUUAGCAAAUUCUAAACACAGACCUUGACUGUGGAAGGGUGUCUGUGCUCUCCUUCAGUAACAGCUCUGAGACCAGUGUGUCCAGUAUCUCAGGACUGGACCUCUUGCCAUACCUUGGGGCGCAAAGACGCAAGGGUUAUUAAGGUCAAGAAGACAGAACACAGCAUGCAGGGAUUAUUCCAAACCCCGGCUGCCGUGCUUCCUUUUCUGCUUCUUAGAUGAUAAGCCUGCAGGAGCAAGUUAUCUCGACAUCCUACACUCUGAAUGCAGAAUGAAAACCACAGCUUUCAGAUGGAAUCCCUUCCACUCACUUCCCCGUGACCACCAGGCUGCAGAGACCCAGGUGCACCCUUGACGUCCUCCACAAGCAAACUACAUUCCUUGCCUUCAACGCCACCUGUUCACCACCAUCGCAACACAGAGCUGGAAGCUUCAGGAGAUGCUUGUUUUGAUGCGGAACGCUGCUGGCAGCUGUCAUCUGACUCCGGACCUGAGUGAUACGACAUAAGUUACCAGAUGAGUUAUCAGAUCGCGAAGUUUUAUAGUUUUUCCAACGGGGAAAGGGUGCAAAAGUGCCUGCUCACAUGACCCAUUAGCCCCCAGAGCAAGGUAACCAUCCGACAAGGAACUGAACCCUGUCAGACCCCCCAUCGCAGCAUAAGGCACAUCCCAGCCCACCGGGCGACCCCGUGCCUCCCUCUCGGACUUGGUCUCCACCUUAAAGGAAAACAUCUUACUAGUAAUUAAAAGCGGUGUUACAGACGUUCCAGCUUACCAUGGUGUGGUGAUUGAAGCUGGGUUGGCCACACCCGCAUGUGAACGGGCUCUGGAACCCAGAACAGUCGCCUGGGGGGGAAAAAAAAGAGGUUUGACAAACGUUUUCUUUUUUUACAUUCGAGGUUGACGACUCACACUUUUUGCACAGAUGCCCAGCAGCUUCGGUGUGAUCCUGAGGUAAAUGUUUACACCUGCAGCGAACCGCCACCGUCCCAAUGUGGGGGACGUACUCAUAAGCAGGACAACGACAUCCCCUGACACGGCAAGGCAGGACCAGAGGUCUCUCUGAGGGAAGCACCUCAAAGUCUGUCUUGUGCUGCUUGUAUCUGGAAGAGAUGACCUUGCUGUUAAAACCGACCGCCUUCCUUUAGAUCAGGACCAGGGUGUCCAAAGUUUCCGAUUUAUUCCGAAAAUUGUAUGAAACAUGGACCAGAUCAGAACAUUUCAAAGGAGGAUUAGGGCCACACUAACAUCACAGUGGGCAGUUGACACUGAAGGUGACAUUCAAAACACGUCAAGGUAAAACACCAUCUAAUUUAAAUAAGAAACAAAACAUAUGUUCGAAAAGAAGACAAAAUGAACCUAUUCAAGUUGUUGAGGGCCAUUCCACCAAACCGGUGCCAUUUGUGUCCCCAGGAAAUACAUAAAAUGUAUAAAUGCACAAUAAAAUUCUCUGCAAAAUACAUUUUUUAUUACGCAGGGUGUCCUGCACAUUGACUUAUUAAAUAGAUUAAUUUACACUACAUAAAACACUGGGAAAACAGCAUUUGUUGACUGUCCCUGACUCCUAAAAUGAGACUUUACCAUGAACUAUCAUCAUUUAAAACAUUUUUUUUACAUAUUUGUGUUGCUUCUAGGGAACCGCACUGUGGCCUAGUGGUGAGCACGUUGGCCGCACAGUCAGGAGAUCUGGACGAUCUGUGUUUUUCUCCGAGUACUCCGGUUUCCUCCCACAUUCCAAAAACAUGCAUGUUAUGCUAACUGGAGACUCUAAAUUGCCCAUAGUUAUGAAUGUGAGUGUGAAUGGUGAUCAGUCCAGGGCGUACCCUGCCUCUCGCCCAAAGUCAGCUGUCCUCGUGAGGAUAAGCGGCAUAGAUCGAUGGAUGGUGUUGCUUCUAAUCCCAACUAAACUAAAAAGUUUAAAUUUACACUUGUGUCCCCAGAUUUUCAGUCACAUGGUCAACAAGAAGUUGCGUCAUUCAGAUCCUCAGAAGGCCAUAGGAAGGCCAAAAUUUUCGGUAUCCUGCCCUUGAUGGAAGAAGGUUGGACACCUCUACUGUGGAUACGCCUGCACGGUCUUGGAUGGAUAAAUAAAUCGGAGCGCGAGGACGGCGGAGAGACUACGACUCCCAUGAUGCUAAGCGAUGAGGCACACGGACUCUUCAAGGGGAACCAUGACGGCAGUCAAAAAUGGCAGCGGACAUCCGAUAUCUGAGCCCCCUUUCUGUUAUGGUGGACCAUUGACGACAGCUGUCUGAGUAGAGCUCCCUCGCCACCGUUGGAUUGCGACAUCGUGAAGUUGUAUCUUCUUUUCAAGGGACACACACAACGAAAAGAGAGAAAUGUAGCAACCGCUACGCUGAAGCAACGCUCUUGAGCCUCGUCGCAUGUAAAAGCAGCAUCUGACCGGUGCUUUCCCGGCAUCCCCACUACCAUGCUGGGCGCACUCAUGAGACGCAACAUGUCCCAAAAGCUGAGUGUGUUGCUGCUCGUCUUCGGCCUGGUGUGGGGACUCAUGUUACUGCGCUACACCGUGCAGCAGCCUCGCCACCAGAGCAGCGCCGAGUUACGCGAGCAGAUCCUGGAGCUCAGCCGGCGAUACGUCAAGGUCCUGACUGAGGAGAACCAGAGGGCACCAGGCGGGCCGCAGGGAGCCACCAUGGCGGGUUACGCCGAUCUGAAGAGGACAAUAGCCGUGUUGUUGGAUGACAUCCUGGAGCGGCUGGUCAAACUAGAGGGGAAACUUGAGGUGGUGGUCAACGCCUCCGUCACCAACACCUCCCACGGGGGUGUCCUUGCUUCCGCUUCCACUGACCUGCAAGGAUCCUCCAAGCACGAGAGAGCGGGCAGCCAUCCAGGGAUGUCACGCUUCAACCAGCCCCGUACGCCCAGCAGGCCUCAGCUGCACCUAUGAGCGUUGUUGUCAUACAUCUACUGACUAUGCUCUUAGCACAGCCCACUUUUCCUGAAUUUAUCCCAGGACAUUCACAGAGUUGAAGGAAGGGAUGCUUCUUUUUGCCCCUUUAUUUAUUUUGCCAAGACAGCAGAGUGCAUUUUUUAUAUUUCUCUUUUGCAUUUUUAUAAUAGGCCAUAUUUGAAUCCUAUGACUUUUAGUGGCUGCAAAACCUUUAAUACGUUCUCUCUUAAGACAUUUACAGUGGAACUCGCUUAUGUCGAUAACCCGUCUAUGUCGACCAACUCAUCAAGUCCCGGUCUACCAUGUUUUUCUUAUUACUAAAAAGUGGCCACUUAUGUCGACGUCGAAAUACAUGGUCGACUGCUCUUGUCGACAUAGGAAAAACCUGCUUAAUUCCACCCCACUUAUGUAGGCAAUCCACCUAUGUCAACCAACUCAAGUCCCUGUCUACCGUCUUAUUACUAUUGCUCAAACGUGCCCGCUUAAGUCGACGUCGACAGUCAUGAUUGACCACUUUUUUCGACAUAAGUGUAACCCACUUAAGUCUGUCCCGUUUAAGUCAACAUUCUGUAUGUCAACCAAUUCACUGAGUUUGGGUCCAUUCUGUUACGACUAGAAAGCGACCACUUAAGUCGACAUCAGCAUUCAUAACUGACCGCUUUUGUCGACAAAAAUGGAAGCCACUUAAGUCUGACCGCGUAAGUCAACAAUCUGUAUGUCAACCAAUCCAGGUCCAUUCUGUUGUUCUUACCACUAAAAAGUGCCCGCUUGAGUCGACAUCAUCAUACAUGGUCAACCGCUUCUGUCGACAUAGGCGGAACCCGUCUAUUUGGGCCCAUUCAUGAGGUCCAGAUCCACUGUGUUGUUAUUACUAAAAAAGAGUCGAACACUUUUGUCGACGCGAGUGGAACCCGCUUAAUUUUGUCCCACUUAUGUCAGCAACCGACCAGUUAAUCAAGUCCAGGUCCGUUCUGUUGUUCUUUUGCUAAAAAAAAAAAAAAAGUGACCGCUUAAGUCGACAUUCAUGAUCGACCACUUUUUUCGACACGAGUGGAACCCACUCAGGUUUGUCCCGCUUAUGUCAACAACCUGUAUGUCGACCAGUUCAUCACGUCUGGGUUCUUAUUACUAAAAAGUACCCGCUUAAGUCGGCGUCAACAUACAUGGUUGACCACUCUUGUUGGUCACACGUAUGUGGACAACCUGUCCAUUCAAUCAAUUAAUCGAGUCCCCGUCCACCGCGUUCUUCUUAUGACAAAGAAAAGUGGCCGCUCAAGUCGACGUCGACAUACGUGGUUAACCGCUUUUUUUUUUUUACCCAAAGCUGUCGUUUCUAGGAAAACGGGUCCGUUUCUGCGACGCGUGUUGCAGUAUUAACUUCAUCGUCAUCACGAAGCAGCAUUAGAACGUGCACACGGUGACUCCGUAUUCAGUGUAAAAUAAGCUUCAAAAUAAAAGCAUGGCAGUGUUAACCUGGAUUCUACCACAGCAACCACCGAAAUGUGCCCAUUUGUUAUCUUUUAGAAGGAAGAUGCGCGCGUUGUUUGCAUAUGAGUAUGAAACGCAAGAAUCAAAAUAAAGAUUUGCACAAAUGAAGGAAAACCUUGUCAAAUUGCCGUAGGUUCAAAAGUCCUUUAUUUAUAUUAUUCUCCUCAUGUCUCAGGCCAAAAUCACGAGUAAAUGUGCCAGCAAUGGCUUGUUUUGGUCGUGACGACAGCCGCAGCCGGUCCGAGGAGUGUCGACGUAAACGGGUUCUGCUGUACAACCUAACCACAUUGCGUCAACCUGCUGAACUGAACAGUUUUCUCACAAAUGAAGUGCUGUAUUUGAGGUGUUUAGCUAGAUAGAAUAUGAAGAGCCGUCUUAGCUAAUACUCCUCUUGGUGACUUUAGGGACAGCUAAAUGUGUGAUCCAAAGAAUGUUUGCACAUCUGUCUUUAUAGCGACAGAUUUAAUAAGAUGAAGCCUAUGUGAUACAAAUCAUGUGCAUUUGCUUCACGGCUAAAAACCAAUGGUUUUAUUUUCUUCCUUCACUUGCCUUGGGUGUUGUUGCACUCGAUGUGGAAUGGAAUGAAUGUAGUGCAAGGUCAGCAAUUAGCACUUGGGCGCUGUGAAAAUGGCUGACCAUCUGCUGAUAUUACACGUUCAGGGUUCAUGCUGCACUGUGACUGUAAACAUUUUCUAAAAAUAACGGGCUCAUCCACUUUUGGUGACGAUGUAUGUGGGAGGUGAUUGUGACGUGUCAUUUAUUCUGCCUACAAGUGAUUGCUUGUCACACUCCGUGACUGUAACUUAGACCGCCAGACUCAAUAAA